CACUUACAUCUCUCAACUUCAAAGCAUCUUAUUUGAGAAUACAUCUUGUCUCUUCUAUACCGAAGUCCUCAACUACCUAUCUCCAAAAUGACAACCUUGAACUAUCUCCCUUCAGUCAAGCCCUCUGCAAUUGCGGCAGGUGCUCUUUUCACCCACACUGCUUCCCUCGGCAUUCUCGCGCCCGUAUUCGGCGAUACCUAUCAUCGUGCCCAAGCAGCCAAUUCCAAGGAAGAGUUCCUCAAAUCUAAAGAGGCUGCUGGUGCAGUAGCAGCCUGGGGUACCUCCUUGGUUGGAAGCUCUGUCCAAACAUAUGGAGUAGCAGCUCUGAUCAACGCCACGGGUACUUUGAGCUACAAGGGAGCGGCUUAUCUUGGGAGCUUGAUCUUUAUGGCCAGCGCAGCCCCCGGUGUUGUGAGCCAGGUCUUUGCCGAAAAGAGACCCCUUGACACUGUUGCCGUUGGUGCAGUCAGUAGGUUGUUUGAAACAGUGGGACUCAGCCUCUUCCUUACUUGGUGGGGUACCCGCACGAAUCCAUUUUCUAGCACCUAUUAA